ACUCGUUUGUGGAAAUCGCUUUAUCUUUUGCUUCAUUAUUUUAGAAAUGAAUAGUCUCUAAGGGGGGAGACGCUCUUCGCUUCGAAUGCACUGAAUUCAUCGCAAAUAACUGCGUAAAAUUCAAUAAUUGGCGUGUAUUUUUUGCAGAGGUGUAUUAGAGGAAGGUCUUAUGGGGACUCAGCACGCCUUUUUAAAAUUUAUGUAUGGUAUUGGUAGUGGUAUAAUAUAUAGAACUCUCUUAUUAAAAUGCUGGCAGUACACUUCUGAUUUUAUGUCAUAUAACUGGAGCAGAUGGAAUAUGAAAGCUUAUUUCUAGAAGUCAAAAUAAACCGAUAUUUCAUUAUCAAGGAUAGAAUAUUUUAGUAUUGAAGGAAUUGUACAAUGACUGUAUAGAAAUUGGAAAACAAAUUAAUGGUGAUUUUCAAUAAUAAUGUUUUACUAAGUAACGCUGGACUCUGUCACCAAGACAAUGUGAUUAAAGACAACAGGCGGCAUGCGACGCCAUCCUACGCAAAAACAACACUCAAAUAUAUUUUUACACACAUUGUUGUCUAAGAAUUAAUUGUGGUUUAGUGGUGCUGAAAAAAAAACACAUUCUAGUUUGGUCUAUAUUUCAUACACGAUUACUGCUCUAUCUCUAACCAUGACGCUGCAAUAAUAACAUAUUGUGAAUCAGUUCAAAAAAUAAUUCAAAUAGUUUUAUUGAAAAUACAUUUGGUGAAAAUGGUUUUUUUUCCCAAUUGGAAUAUGAUUAAAACUUGAAUUUAAAUCUUGAAACACUUGUGAGAAAAAGGAAAGGAAAGUUAUCUUGAUUGGAUUAUAAUCAUUUUAUUCGAAUUGGGAUUCAUUUCAAAAAAGUUCUUUAUUUAUUUUUUUUAUAGCCUGUCCCUCAUGUUGCCCUCUGCUUGUACAUAAGAUAAGGCUAUAUAAAAUAACGGAAACAUGUUGAAAAUAUUUGAAAAACCUUAAUAUGUAGUAUCUAAAAUUUCAAAGUUAAAAAGGGCACUAGACAACAGGAAUGAAUAAUGAAAUCAAACCGCUUCAACUCAGAGAGCAUAAAAUGUUCUCUGUUGUGAAACGUAGCCAAGUAUUAACCAGAGAAAAAUGUCUCAAAUAACCAUUUUGGAUGAGAACAGAGAAUUAUCAUUCUCAUUUGUCUGUGUUACCCAUUCCAAAUUCCUCAACUGCAAACAAACUUUUGAUACUUCUGAAUAAUUGUAUGACAUAAAGUAAACACUUAACACAAGGCUGUUGUUCGCAGGCACACAAUUCAUUGUAAUGUUGUGAUAUAAACACUGUCAAACACUGUUUUUUUUGUACAAUUUUAUUAAACAACAAAGAAAUUGAAGCAUUUGGUGCUGAAAUCAAGUAGAAUUAAUCAUUAAAUAAAAUGCAUAAUCCAUCGCGUGGUGGAGUUCGUGGUGGUAAAGAUCAGUUUGAAUGGGACACUGUAAAAACUGAUAAACACAGAGAGAACUAUUUAGGACAUUCUCUAAUGGCUCCAGUUGGAAGAUGGCAGAAAGGAAAGGAUUUGACCUGGUACACCAAAGAUAAAGAGGCCAAGAUAAAACAACAGCAAACGGAAAAAAGUAAAAUAAAGCAAUUGGAGGAGGAGGCUAUGAUGGCAGCUCUUGGAUUUGGCACAAUGAAAAAAAGGAAAAGUUCUCUAACAAAACAGGAGAUUACCGAAACUUUAAAACGAGGUCAAACAGAACGAGAUUCGGGAAAUGUGGAAAGAGUUGAAGGAAUGGGAUUUGGAAGUUCACGAGCUGCAAUGAUGGAUACAAACUUCUCUAAUGAAGGUUUCAUCAAAGAGCCAGUUAACAAAGUGCAGGAUAUGAAGAAAAAGACUAUCAGUAAUGUGAAAUAUGAGGACGACAAAAGUGACGAGUCAGUUAAAAAGAAGACGAAGAAGAAACACAAAACAAAGAAAUCUAAGAAAUCAUCUAAGGAGGAAAAGAGGAAAAAUGACAACAGAAGAAAAUAUAACAGUGGAUCGGGGUCUAGCGAUUAUCAAAGUGAUUGUAAUGAUAAGACCAAAGAAAUUACUAUGCAUCAUAGUAAACGACGUAAGAAAAGUGAUAAUGAUAAUGAAAAUAAAUAUACUUCAUCUAAGAAAGACCAUUCAAGAGAGCAGCGACAUGAGGUUAGGAGGCGAAAACCUCGACAUGACAGUACUUCAUCUAAUGAUAACAACAGUAGUUUCAGGUCUAAUCAUGAUAAUUCACGUGGUAAGCGUAGACGGGACGUUUGACCCUGUAAAAGUUCUGAUAAAUGUUUUAUCUAAGCCCGAUAGCGGUCACGUGGUAAGCGUAGACGGGACGUUUGACCUUGUAAAAGUUCUGAUAAAUGUUUUAUCUAAGCCCGAUAACGGUUGUAAUUUUUUAAACAUGUAUAUAUGAAGUAAAACGCAGAUUUAUAUCUUAAAGUUAUGUUCAUGCUAGUUUUCAAUGUAUAUGAAGCAAAAAUAGGAACUGGAAAUUAAUCAAAAUAUUUUAUAAUUCGAAUCUUGAGCUUACAAGAUAAUGUUAUUUUGAUUAUGUUUUUUGUAUUAUGUUUCUUUUAAUUGUCGGCUGAAAAGUUCUUUUACGAAUAAGGUAUAAUAAAAAACGUCUUCGGUUUUCCCUCUUUGUAAACCUCUGCUGUGAUGAUAACUAGGUUUGGACUGUUAGUUUUCUUAUACUCCACACAAUUAAAUAACGUCACAAAUGCUACUUUUUAAGUAACGUAUUGACGACAAUUAUUUCGUGAAGCUGCCCUUUAAGUGGAUUAAGAUCAUGAUGGCGCUCAGUUAUUUCCAAUCAUGCUUUCAAACAAGAAGCCAGAUGAGAAACGACUGCCGGACUGAGAACGAGUUUGCUUUCGAAGAAACGAUCGAUCAGGAUGAUGAUUGGAUACUUGUCCACUAUAAGGAGAAUUCAACGAAAGAAGAUUUGUUGUUGGAAUAUGUCGUGGUUGAUGUUAAAAGUAAGAACAAAAACUUGCUUGGACAAAACAAUACCAUUGAAAGUUUGCAAAAGGAAAGAAGACUCGCUGGGCGCAAACGAAAGGCAGUCAGGUAUGGAUGAGACGAUAUUUUUGCGUUUUGCUGUCUACUGGAGCGUUGUCAGCCCGCAAGUUUCCAUCCUACACGUCGCUAAACUACAAUUUAUUAUAAAUAUUCUUUUUGCUAAUCUAUCUCACUCAGUUCUUUAAGAAAACCUAACAAUGUGAAAACUGAUUUCUCUUUGAAAAAACUAUUUUUGUGUAAAAGUUAAAUAAUAGAAAUUAUAGAAUAGAAGUAGCUACAGCCUAAAUAAGAAUGCAUUUUUCCCAUUUCUGUUAUCUACUAAAGGAAUUCAAAUCACCGUGGUGUUAAAGAAAUAAAUAAGAUUCCAAUGCGCUUGUUUAAGACAACCGGUAUUUCUGCACCAUCUGAAGCCACGCUACAUGCAUCUUCCAAAGUUUUUACAACCAAUCAAAUACGUCCAACGAAACACCGUCACGUGGAAAAACGUAUUGCCGCUUGCAAAAGACCUCACAUUCAAAAGCGUGCUGACCUGUUGCAACUUUUUGAAAACUUAUCGGAAAGAAAAGCAUCCAAACGAUUCUGUGAUUUUGCACAAGUUCCUCGUCACAGUACCUUCGAUAAACAGACCUCACUUUGCGAACAAAGUUUUGUUGUGUUGAUCAAAGGAUUUCAAGUAAAUUGUGCAAAUGAUCGCCAUUCAUUUAAUCGUAUUGUCUUACAACCGCACGUUGAUGGGUUCAGAAACCACAGAAAGAAAGAAUUAUGGAUGAAAUUUUCCAUUUUACCUUAUGAUGAUCAAAGAGCACUUGAGAGCCGGACAUCUCAGAACCUGUCUACAAAUUUAUUGAAUGGAUCAGAAUGCAAGAACAUGAAGAGGUAUCGUGGAUACCUCAGUUAUUUUAACGUGUUCUUAAUCUCUUGCAAAGAACUGCAAGAAGAGAACAAAGGAAAGGCUAUUGAGGAUUACUCUGUUUCAUCAACGACUCGUUCUGAAGACAAUGCAGCUGAAUCAUUGCACUCGAGAAUAAGAAAAACAAGGAAGAGAGUAGAAAAAAUACUUAACUCUCUUCUGUUGUUGCAUUUUCUGAUUGGUGAAAAGCUUCAUUGUUGGAAAACAAGAAUUACCAACUUUUCCGCUGAUAACAUCCUUGCCCCCAAGUCUCCUGUUUCAUGUUGCGCUACUUCAACGAUCAAAUCACGAGAAAAACACGUGCGUAAAGUAAAUACUGUCCACGUGACAAACAAGCAGUUGCGACGCCAAAACCGAGCUACAUUACGAAACAACUUGUCAAACAGUAACAGAAAGAGAGGAAUGAAAAAUGGUCGAUUUCAAAGCAACGUUGGUCAUCGCGAAUCUUGGCGCUAAGGUGCAGCAAUAUCAAAACAGAGAAUGAAAAAAUAUGAAAGAUACUGUCAAUAUAGAUUCUAUAAUGUACAGAUCUUUCCACAGAGGAAAUUGCAAGUCAAAAAAUGAAAAUAAAAAUAGUUCAUUUA